UAUGGUUUGUGAGUAAAAGCACAGUCACUUUAGCCACCAAGACUAACGGUUGAUUCAAAAAUUCAUAAAAAUUUCAAUUUCACCCUAAUCGAGUGCAAUCAUGGAUAAUAUGGACGAACACGAGGAAAAUGAGAAUGUAGAGCUUAGUACUGUUUCAAUUCCUGGAACAGUAGAAGAAGAGAAUAAAGUCGUAAAUGACACGGCAAAAUCCACCACAACUUUAGUCGACAGCGACGUAGAAGGAGGUGAAAGCGAUGUCCCCAAAUCGUGGAUUGCAACUCAUAGCUUAGCAAUCGGGAUUGGUGUAACAUUUGUACUUGUUGUUGUCAUCACUACAGUUUUGUGUGUAGUGUUGAUACCAGGUGAUGAUUCUGACGAAUUAAUUACCGAAUUGGUGACGAUAAAUUCAACACUGCCAGAAGGAGUGACUGAUAUACAAAACACAACUACGGUUACAAAUGAACAUAAAAGCGAGACUUCAGUGGAAAGUACAUCACAGGCUACUACUGAAGGAGUGACUCAGACAAGUAAAGGAGUUACAAAAUCAACUAGGCCUACAUUACCGACUGAUGUGGUUCAAACUACAAGUCAAAGAGCUAUUACACCCGACACAAAUACUUUUCAACCCACAGCCAGAAUUACGACAAUGAGUAAUCGAGUUACUACACCACCAAAUAGGCCUACAUCACCGACUGAUGUGGUUCAAACUACAAGUCAAAGAGAUAUUACACCCGACAAAAGUACUUCGCAAACCACAGCCAGAAUUACGACAAUGAGUAAUGGAGUUACUACACCAUCAAAUAGGCCUACAUCAUCGACGGAUGUGGUUCAAACUACAAGUCAAAGAGCUAUUACACCCGACACAAGUACUUCACAAACCACAGCCAGAAUUACGACAGCGAGUAAUCGAGUUACUACACCAUUGAUAAGUAGGCCUACAUCUGACGCCACAAAUGACAUGCAGACUAGUACAAAAGAAGUGACUACACCCAUCACAAAUAGCACGACUGAGGUGCAGUCAACUAGUGAUGAAUCGCCAACCACAGGUGACUUGAGCACCGUAACGGAGUCGACAGAUCACACAUCAUCUGUGCCAACAACUACAGCUGUAGAUUCAACCACAGGUGACUUGAGCACCGUAACUUGGUCGACAGAUCUCACACCGUCGCCCUAGUCUGUGAAAGUCAUUUGGGUUUUCAACUUAAUACGAAUAAGCCUGCCUAAAAUAGCAUACUGCAGAACAUCUUGUAUAAUGGGCCACCAUUAGUCCUAACUUGACUAUAAGGUCUAUUUUGACUGUAGACUUCCGUAUUCUGAUUUCUCCUGAUUUAAUUUUGUUAACUUCAUAUAGAAUAUUAUAUCAGUGUUGAUGUCAUGGUCGUAUUUAAUGGGCUGUUGUUUUAAAUUAAAAGACCUAAAAUACAUUAUACAUACAAUAAUCACUGGAUAAUUUAGAAUACAGCCAAAAGACCACUGAGAGAACACUGAUGUACUACCGGCUGCUUAUACCAGGCCUACAAGAGGUGGAUCAGCGCAUGUGAUGAUGAUGAUUUUGAAUUAUUAUAAAAUGCAAAUAAGCUGUGGUUGAAAUGAAUUGAAUUGAAAAAGUAUAAAAUUUAUUAUUUUUAUUUAUUAUUAUUAUUAUUAUUUUUUAAAUAAUAUUUAAUAUAUAUUUAGGUCAGUCGACUGAACUUAUAUGAGCCAUAUUAAGUCAAUGGCGUUUAGGCUCCUUUUAUAUAUAUUUUUUUCUUUUUGCUGAAUCUGAAUUCAUCUGAAUUAAAAAGUGAUAUGAUUGUUUUAUAUCAAAGAAAAACAUUACUCGCCAUAUUAUGUACAUUUAACUAAUCUUUAAAAAAAUAUCAUAAUUAAGUUUUUCAAUUGUUAUAUAUAUAUAUGUAUAUAUAUAUAUAUAUGUAUAUAUAUAUAUAUUUAUAUAUAUAUAUAUUAUGAUUUAUAUAUGGUAUGUACAUUAUGUACGUUUUUGUAUGUACGGUAUGUAUGCAAUCAUGUUAUUUUUAAAGUACGUGAUUAUAAUGUGUGCGUUCUGCUUGAAGUGGUGUGAAUUAUAUUUAAAUAGAUGCAAGAUAUUUUCAAGAUGUUUUAACAUAAUAUUUUAGGGCCUAUGUAGUUUAGUAUUCAAACUGAUUAGCAGCUGCUAGAUGGUUUAUCGUUUAAUAUCGUUGAAACAAAAUAAGCAACUAAAUGUUGUAAUAGACGUUACUUCUUUUCGAUUGUUGCCAGAACUUGCGUACUAUCACUUCAGAUAACUGAUCUCUACUAUAAUAGCUAAUAUAGUAUUAGUAGAGAUCAGUGCUUCAGAUUCAAGAAGUGUACAUGUGCGUUGUGCGUCUGUGCACACUUAUAAAGAGUCCGUGCCGGCAUGAGGAGUUCGCCAUAGUGUUAAAAGAUAAUAUUUCCACUCGCUGCACGGAAGUGUCCCCUAAAUAGGGGUGUCCCACUUUAAAAGAGGAGAGGGGGGUGGUUACUAUGGUUUUUUUCGCUUCUUAGAUUUAAAUUACUAUUGCAAGCAAUGAAGCAGUCUUCAUGUGGUUAUUUAUGUUUAUAUUAAUGAGUUAAGAUAUAGGCUUAUGAACAUACAAUAAUGAUAUUAACAAUAAUAAUAAUAUUAUUAUUAUUAAGAGUAUAUACAAACUGUCA